AUGACAGAAAAACGCUCCUCACGGAUACGAAAAGUUCAUAAUUACGCUCUAUUAUGUGACAGUGAUACAGAGUUCUUUGAUGAUGAUGAUGAACCCGUUAAAUUCAAGAAGACUGGUGAUAAAGAGGCCAAGUCGAUAAGUAAACCUUCAAAGACUAAGAUAACGAAAGAUACGUCCGUGAAGCAAUAUGAAACAAUUCAAACACAAAAGGAAAAGCCAUCCAACAUAAUAAUCGACAAAGCAAAACUGACCAGUUCUAAUCCUUCGGCUUCUCACUGUGAAACUUCAGAACCUAUAGCAAUUUCUAGCCACAAAGCUUUGUCAAAAUCCUCUCCUUCUACCAUUGUUUAUUCCAACUCAUUAGUCAAUAAUGUAACUACACCACCUUCAAAUAAAGCCUUUUUUCCUGUCACGCCGUCUAGUGGCCUUCGUCUUGGUUUAUCGCGUACAAAACGGUUAAGACCUUUACAUGCAAAUGUGCGUAUAGCAUAA